CCAUCACUGCACUGCGCUGCACCACCACCAUAUCCAAAAUAGCUCGGCUCAGCUCAACCUGCCACUGACUCACUGGUGGUCACACAGCAAACCAAACCAUGGCCCCCCUGCUGUUCAAGGACAUGAGAAGCCUCUCGUGCUCGUCGCCGGCGUCCACCGCCAUAUGCCCGAGCCUGGAGCGGCAGCCGAUGGUCCGGCCGCACAAGGCCGCCUCCAGCCCGCUCUGCCAGGUUCCCACCGAGCCCAGAAUCCACAGGCAAGAAGGCAGCAAGAAGGGGCAGCACCACAAGGGUGCCGUUGCCAAUGGCGAGCUCGUCAGCCCGGCCGGGUCGUCCAGGUACCUGCUGAGCGGCUGUGCCAGCGGCGCCGGUGCCGGGGAGAUCCAGGAGGUGGCGGCGGCGGCGGCGGCGGUUUCCCCUGUCGCCCCGGUUGGUGAUGUCACAAGGCCAAAGGAGGAGCCAGCUGCUGAUGUGAAGAACGCCAACACGGAGGAGCAGGUAGUUGUUCUGAAGGUGUCCCUGCAUUGCAAGGCAUGCGCGGGCAAGGUGAAGAAGCACCUCUCCAAGAUGGAAGGGGUGAGGACGUUCAGCAUCGACUUCGCGGCGAAGAAGGUGACGGUGGUGGGCGACGUGACCCCGCUCGGCGUCCUCACCAGCGUCUCCAAGGUAAAGAACGCCCAGAUCUGGGCGCAGCCGCCGCCGCAGCCCGCCAUCGCCGCCUAGCUGACACCAUCCAAAAGCUUGGGAUCCCGACGACGAGUCCUGGUAGGUAGCUGUGUAUGUUCGUACGUACAUACGCUGUGGGGGUCGCUGGGGCAGGCAGCCACUGACGAGGGCCAGCCCGUGCCGGCCGGCACGCUGGACCAGCCGCUGCGUACAGUGACACGCGUGCUCCUCAACGGGCAGAAGCGGCCGCGGCCGCGGCUGCAGCUUUGGUUAUUUGUUGCUGUGGAUCUGUGUGAUCGUCUCGUGAUCUCUUGUUUUGUUGUGGUUGGCGCCUGCUGUUUCGACUCCAGUCAUGGGACUGGGAGCGUGUGAACGUGUUCUUUUCAUCUUAUUACUGUAAUAUAGUAUGAGGAUUUCACGUGUAGACGUGCUGCAUUA